AUGUCAGCAGUGACCAAUCAACCUCUUCCCGUUGGUCAACUGGAGCGAGAGAAGCACAUCCAGAUGAUCUUCAGAGCUUUCCAGAACAGGUGCGGGCCUUCAUGUGAGAGUCACACUCACUCACCUGGACCCAAACCUGGCGAAACAGCACCUGUCUGGGCAUCGGCUGAGCAGCUGUCAGGUCCUGCUCCUGGAAUGAAGAUGGAAAAUGGCCACAUGGAGCCACCAGGAAAACCGAACAAGCCAGAGGUGGAGGAGCUGUGUCUUGAAGGUCCAGAGGGAUCAGACUCUUUGACUGUGCUGGAUACAGUCAGCCAGAUUCAUAUCACUGCCAGACCAGAGUUGCAAGGGCCACAGUGUGUUCCCAGGAGGAUCUACAGCAUUGCCACAGGAGCCAGCAGUUCACAGUUCCUUGUGGCAGUGGAAGAGAGCUCUUGUGUGUGCCUCCAGUGUUGCGGUCCAGCGCGGGCCUGCUCCUUGCAGGGUUAUGACUGUCAGGGCCGCCAAGUCUUCCACUUUGAAAGACCGCUCAGAGUGGACGCCUGUUGCUUUGGUUGCUGCCUUAUGGAGCUGAGAGCCUACACACCUCAAAAGCAUCUUAUUGGCACUGUAUACCAGAGGUGGAGCAUGUUCACCCCCCUCCUGGAAGUGUGGGAUUCAAAGGGAGCAUCUGCCAUCAGGAUCCAGGGUUCCUGCUGCCCAUGCCGCUGUUUCUCCAACCAGCAAUUCCAGAUUGUCUCUAAUAUUGGUGAGAAAAUUGGCACAAUAUGGAAGAAAUGGCCUGGCUUCAAUGACGAACAUAACAUGGACCAUGAAUAUUUUGGAUUAGAGGUGCCACCAAGUCUGGAAUCACAAACCAAACUGUUGCUGCUGGCAGCCACGUUCUUAAUAGAUCAUAUGUUCUUUGAAAUGAGUUGA